AUGUACAGGUUAGGUUUAACGUGUAUCAACAACUUUAGUGUUACAAAAUAUUUUAUUGUGAUGGCAGGUAAAAGGAACGCAACUAGUGAAUUGAACCACGACAAUUGGAAUAAUGAGGAAGAACCAGAAGAUGCGGGAACAUUCACAGCCGCAUCACCGGAGGAGUUACAGAAGAGAGUUGUUAAAACUGCUAAGCGGAGAAUAGUUCCUGGAUCAGAAGCUCCUCCAACAAAGAACGCAUUCAGUAGUUUCUCCGGCUUCAAAGUAUCCUCAGCAGCGCCGACAUCAGCAUUCAGCUUCCUGAGCAAAUCAAGCACGACGACCGCCAGCUUACCAACUUCCACGGCGACAAAAACUACCAGCAUUUUCUCAAAAAUAACCCCAACUACCAACGGUACAAAAGCCACAGACAACGGCCUCUCUUCACCAUCCAGCACUAAGCUUAACGACUCUUCGAAGCCAACCACCACUACCACCACCGCCACCCCCAGCAGCAUCAUCACCAAGUCCACCAACAAGAUCGAGGAAGCUGCAAACAAAAACAAGGAGAUAUUCGCGAUGUCGUCCGAGUACUACACGAAGCUAAAGGAUCUGAACCAAAGCGUGAGCCAGUGGAUAAAGACGCACGUGGACUCUAACGCGUUUUGCAUUUUAUCUCCAAUUUUCCGCGACUACGAAAAUCAUCUCAAGAUAAUCCAGACCCAGUACGGCAAGUCUUGCGAAAAAGAAAAGUCUAGCCAAGAAGAAGAAAAGAAAAAGAGUCCAAGUGGCAUUUUCACAUCUGGUCAAUCCACAGCGUCAACUUCAGCCUCGGUAUCUUCAUCAGCAUCAACUUCUGUUGAACUUCCGCCGAGUGACAAGCCACCAGCUUCUAUCUUUGGAUCAACGCAAUCCAAAAGUAUCUUCAGCGGAAUUUCCAGCGCGACAUCUUCGGCCAAAGAGCCGUCGAGCAAUAAAGAAGCGGACUCAGAUAAAGAUAAAAAUAAAAAUUCUAGUUCAAUUGAAAAAAAAUCUCUGACAUUCCCACAGACAACUUCGCUGUUCAGCUUCGGAAGUACUAAUUCAGGAUCCCAAGCAAGCUUCACUUUUGGAUCAGGGAAGUCUCAUGGCUUCAAUAUCGGCAAGCGCGUUCCCGAGGAAAACAGGGAUGAAGAUAAAGACGAUGAAGAUGAGCCUCCGAAGGUUGAAAUUAAGCCUAUCACUGAAGAAGGAGCCAUUUAUGAAAAAAGGUGCAAAGUUUAUCUGAAAAAUAAAGAAACUGGCGCAUUCAGCGACCGCGGAAUUGGAGUUCUUUUCCUCAAGCCCACGCCGAAUGAAAAAACACAACUGAUUGUACGCGCUGAGACCUCUCUUGGGAACUUACUGCUCAACACCUUGCUGACCAAAGCUGUUCCCACUAAGAAAAUUAAUAAAAACACAGUGAUGCUGAUGUGCUUGCCCCUUGCUGACUCAAAACCUCCUCCAGUUCCGGUUUACCUCAGGGUUAAGACUUCCGAAGACGCUGAUGCACUUCUGGAGGCUUUAGAGAGUAAUAAAAAAUAG